GUCUCGCGGCUGCGCGGUGGUGAACUGUGAAGAGAUAUUUAGCACUUGAUUACGUGUAGUGUAAUUCAUUCUUUGAGAUAACAGACCCCUUUUGAGUUUUCGUUUCAUACACGUAAUUUAUAUAAUACGUUUUGCAAUUUUCAAAACAAGUAAAGGGACUGCCGUGCUGCCCCGAGAAGUUUGAUCCAUUAGGAUAGUCAAUGAAGAUCACUCUAAUGUGUUGCAGCAUUCAAGCUGCCAGCGUGAAGUGGAACUAAGUGCGACUCAAGUUACAGAGAAGAGAGACAGACAGAUCUGCUUCUAUACAGCCUGCUUGUUUGUGUCAGGGGUGAUAACGUGGCACAAAUCUAGCCAAGAUGGAGUUUGCAGCGAUCUUUGCACUGUCAGUACUGAUAGGUGCACUGGUUUUGUUAGUGGUCGUGGCUGUUGGUAGACAGAAAGGUGAAUUAUCUGAGCAAAACGAACAGAAGAAAGACACCGAUGCACCGGUGGAGGAAAAUGCAACGAAAGCUCCUUCUAAAAAGCAGAAGCAGCAACAGCGCCCCCGUAAGGAGAGACCGCAGCAGCACACAUUCUCACACCAGCUACUGGCUUCCUCUCUCAAGAGUCACAGUGGCAAUGUGACCUGCCUGGAUUUUAGUAGCAAUGCCAAAUACCUUGCAUCUUCCUCAGAUGACCGUACCAUCCGAAUUUGGAGCACUAAAGACUUCCUUGACCGAGAUCACAAGUGCUUGCGAGCCAACAUUGAGUUUGACCACGCCACACUCGUCCGCUUCAGCCCAGACAGUCGAGCGUUUAUCACUUGGCUGUCUAAUGGAGAGACCAUUCGAAUCUAUAAGAUGAUUAAAAAAGAUGAUGGGACAUUCAAUUUCAAAGCUGCUGCGGGGGAUUUCCCUCAGAAACACAAGGGGAUCAUUAUCAACAUCGGAAUCGCUGAGACAGGCAAAUUUAUCAUGUCUGCCUCUGUUGACACCACCAUUGUGAUCUGGGAUCUGAAAGGAGAGGUUUUAGCUACUAUCAACACUAAUCAGAUGACCAACUCACAUGCUGCUGUGUCACCGUGUGGACGGUUUGUUGCUUCGUGUGGCUUUACCCCUGAUGUGAAGGUGUGGGAGGUUUGCUUUGGUAAAUCAGGGGAGUUCAAAGAGGUCACUCGUGCAUUUGACCUUAAGGGACACUCAGCUGGAGUUUACUCCUUUGAUUUCUCAAAUGACUCUCGAAGAAUGGUGACUGUGUCCAAAGACGGCACAUGGAAGCUGUGGGACACUGAUGUGGAGUAUAAGAAAAAGCAGGACCCAUAUUUGCUCCGGACCGUGCCAUGUCAGGUGUCGGAGGGAAGCCGCAUUGCACUGUCACCCGACGGUCGUGUAGUAGCCAUAUCAAACGGCUGUGAUAUAGCCUUAUACAGUGCUACCACUGGUGAACUAGAGGAGGAGUUCCACGGUGUUCACAGCGAACAAAUAGCCGACCUUAAGUUUGACAUCAACAGCCGUUUCCUAGUCAGUACUGGGGACCGUGCCAUUCGCGUCUUUCACAAUGUAACCGGGUACCGCGCUGCCAUCCAGGACAUGGAGACCAUGCUGAAGAAAACUACAAAUGAUGGAGUAAGACAAAGACUCCAGCAGCAGAUAUCAGAUGCUCAGAGCGCUCUGGAAACAGUGCUGAAUGCAACAAAGAACUAAAGGCUGAUUUGUUUUCACUGGGAAGCAAGUCUGUUUUCGGUUUCAGAAAUAAGUGACUUUAGCAUGAUGAUUUUAUUGAAUAAAUCAAAUGUUUUUAA